AUGUACCCCCCCGGGGACCUAUACCCGCUAAGAGGCGCGCUAUGUACCGCACAUACGUGUCCUCUUUGGCAUCUGACCUUGUUGUCUUUGGAAACGGUGCUGUUACGAGCACCGUCCCGUUACCAUACCGCCAAAUGUGUUAUCAUGCAUUGUCGUGGUAUGGACUUUUCGUUAUUCUUAUCAUCUUAUUCCUCUUCUUCCCCUUCGUCUUCCUCCACCUAGUCUUGUACAGUUAAUACUGAUCUGACAUAGACAAUUUCUAUACGACUUACGACUCACGGCACCCUUAUGAACAGUGUACAGUACACAGAUACGACUCGAUAGUACGUCGUGAGACUAGCCU